AUGAAGAAAAAGCAAAUGGCCAAUCGUCCCGGAGUUCCAUAUGGAAGGGCUAUCCUCUCGAAAAGAGACCAAUACCCAAUCGCUCCCUAUACGGUCAACAUUUGCCAACAGCCCAUUCCUUUUGUCGACUAUCCCACCAACUUCCCAACUGUUCUCCUCGACCUAUUCGAGGGCCGUAGUCCUUUGGAGAGAGGGAAGGACCGUCCAUGCCACUCCCUAGGUCGACUUUCCUUCGGAGGAGACCAAAAUCUUAUGUCGCAGCGGCCCUAUGCUUCAAAUUCUCCUUCCGACGAGACUUCCCAACCUAUCAGCCAGCUUCUUACAUCCACCAGCCGUUCGGUUGUCACACAAGAUGAGGUUGAAUCAGUAGAUCGACACGCGCAGCAUGGCACUCAAGGGCCUCCACCUAAUCGAUCGAGGUCGGUGAGAGGAGAUGAGACCCCUCCAGAGCUUGCGCAUGCUGGAAGGCCAACAUCUUCCAGCCAGCAUGUAGCAUCUCAACAACGGUCUCGAUCUUUAGGAAUGCAGGCAAUCCUCAAUCCAUCAACUCAUGCUCCGAUAGAACCAAUAUCACGACAAAGUAGCCGCGAGCCGCUAGGGUCUCCAACAUCCACAGCUACGUCCCCUUCAGCGCAUAUUCAUGGGACGCCGUCUCCCAUCCAACCUCCAGCACAACCCACGCUACAUUAUCACUAUGAACGUUCUAAGCUGUCUCCAAAGAUCGGACGGAAGGUGUUGACUCCAAAGUCACCAGCAGUUCGCGCUGCAAGCUUGGGAAGUGGGCGAUAUACUCCUGUCCCUGGGACAAUAAACGCAACUCAAUCGCCUUUUCUGCAGUCCCCUCCACCUCCUAGAUUUGCGGAGGGCGCUCCCAGAUUACACAUUGAUUCUGCUUCCUCAACGGUUCCCAGUAGACUAACUCAGCCUCGCCAUACAACUCAUGCAGCGAACAUUUUCUAUGAUCAGCGACCUUCUACUAACCCCCAGUCUCAGGAGGCUAGCCCACGUACUCCUCAGUCAUCAUAUAGCUCAUACAGCCAGGCAUCGCCCGUCCCAGUUCCGCCGGCCCACAUUCAGCAACAGCAUCCUUCUCCCAUAUCCAAUCCAGCUAUGCCUGGACCACCCAGGAGUUCCAUAACCCAAUCACUCUUACCUCUCGAGAACCGCGGCCUGUAUCGAGGGGAAGCCGGACUCGCACCUCUUGGGCCAUACAUGACCGCUGAGCCUGGCACUGGAAUGAUACCCUUCACUAUCGACAGAGACUCAGGAUCAAUGAAAGCCAAAAUAAAACGUGAAAAGAAUAGCAGCGCUUCCAAACGGUUUAGACAAAGGAAGAAAGCCGUGGAAGAAGAACAAAUGCAGACGAUUAAAAGGCAAGAGGAGGAGAUCAAGAGUCUUAAUGAGGAAAGAGAUUUCUAUAUCAGGGAGCGAGACUUUUUCCGGGACAUGUAUUCUAGAACUCCUGGGGCUAAAGUACCUCCACGACCACCAUCACCUCGGACUUUCAAAACUCAGACCACCUCGCUCGCCUCAGAAGAUGAAGGGGAGCGCACCUCGGUGGACCCAGAUGACAGAGGGAGAGGCACGGGGCGCAACGUUCGACAGAGAACUGGAGCCGGGCCAGUCCAUCUACCAUACCCAGGGCCUCAGACUUCUAGCUCCUUCAUUCCCAUGUCGUCAAGGUCACCCUCCGCUCAAGUACAGCCCACCCCAUCCUACCCAUUAUCCUACCCUUCAUCAUGGCGUGCGCCUCCUGUGAAUACCAGUUCCCAGCCCGGGGAUAUUAUGCCUUCCACCACGCCACCCUUGGCUCAAACCAGCCCACAUGAAAGCCAGCAACAGCAAGGUCCACAAUAUUCACAUCUUCAACAACACCAACAGCAAUAG